AUGCCGACCCCUGCCACUACGAGCAUCAGAAGCAGCACUGACAUCCCCCAGUACCUCAUCUCCUCCCACCACUCCCUCCACCAUAUCCACAACCAUCAGCACACCUACCCCGACCACCACAACUCCGCCCAGCACACCGACCAAACCCCGGCAUCUCACCACAAGGACAAGCGUCCCCCCCACUACUGCAACGCCACCUCCAACAUCCACUUCCACCAGCACUCCCGUCAGCACGCCCACCAGCACUACUCCCACGCCUACUACCCCCAGCACCACGGAAACGCCCAGGUCUCCCACCACGCCGACCCCUGCCACUAUGAGCGUCAGAAGCAGCACUGCGAUAAUCUGCCGCCCCACCUCCAGCUCUCGCACACUGGCGUUUUGGGGAGCAGAGUGGUGCCACACGCCGAGUACGACACCCACCACGUCUUCGUCCUCGACAUCCAAAACCACCACAUCAACCGAAUCCGCCACCACCAGAACGCCAAGAACCACUCCCACCAUCUCGACCCCCAGCAGCCCUGUCUCCACACACUCCAGCCAUGCCCCUCCCACGACGCGGACAUCCCCCAGUACCUCAUCUCCUCCCACCACUUCCUCCACCAUAUCUACAACCAUCAGCACACCUACCCCGACCACCACAACUCCGCCCAGCACACCCACCAAACCCCGGCAUCUCACCACAAGGACGAGCGUCCCCCCCACUACUGCAACGCCACCUCCAACAUCCACUUCCACCAGCACUCCCGUCAGCACGCCCACCAGCACUACUCCCACGCCUACUACCCCCAGCACCACGGAAACGCCCAGGUCUCCCACCACGCCGACCCCUGCCACUACGAGCAUCAGAAGCAGCACUGGAACCACAGAAACCAGCACUACGUUGACGCCCUCCACCUCUCCAGCCACUUCUCCACGGACGACAGCUCCCAGUAG